AUGGAGCUAAUCACCCAAGGCGCGGAAGCCCACCUAUACAAAACCACCUACCUGACGCCCUCCACGCCCGCGGCGCUGAAAAUCCGCCCCUCGAAACCUUACCGCCACCCCAUCCUCGAUCGCAGACUGACCCGCCAGCGCGUCCUCCAGGAAGCCCGCUGUUUGGUGCGUCUUGUCCGGGAGGGGGUGAAUGUUCCGGCUGUUUUGGCGGUGGAUUGGGAAUUACGGGAUAAUUCUUCUUCGGGGGGUGAGGCGAAUGGAAAUGGGAAUGGGUAUGCGGCAGGCGCGGGCAACGGCGCGUGGAUCCUCAUGGAAUGGAUCGAUGGGGUUAUGCUGAAGGAGGUGUUUCGUGCGUGGGAGGGGUAUGUGAAAUCUCGGACGGGGCUUUCUGAUGCGGAGAGGGAGGGAGAGGAGGGGAAGGUGAAGUGUUUACUGAGGCGGAUUGGAGUCGCGGUUGGGUUGUUGCAUAAGGCUGGGGUGGUGCAUGGGGAUUUGACCACGAGUAAUCUGAUUUUGAAGUCUCAGGCCGCGCAGACGAAUGGUGUGGAUGGGGAUGGGGAUGGCAAGGGAGAGGUGGGGACGGUCUCCCCCCACAUGGAGGGCGAGAUCGUGCUCAUUGAUUUCGGGCUCGCCAGCCAGAGUAUCCAGGAUGAGGACCGGGCGGUCGAUCUGUAUGUCCUGGAGAGGGCGUUUGGGAGUACGCAUCCCCGCACGGAGAGGUUCUUUGGCGAGGUCUUGGAGGGGUAUCGGGGCAGUUAUCGCGGGGCGGGGUCGGUGAUGAAGAGGUUGGAGGAUGUGAGGAUGAGGGGGAGGAAGAGGAGUAUGAUUGGUUGA